AUGAUUACACAUGUUCCAAUACCUUUUCUACCAAAAGGGCCAAUUUUUAAUAUUUGGUCAUUGGAAAAACAACUUGAUGUGGGUUAUGCUAAAGAUAUUGGAGAAAAUUUUCGAGACGAGCAAAAUGCAAAACAAAAGAGUAGCGUGACAACAAGUUUUUUAUACAAACUUACCGAAAUAGCAGCAUAUACUUCUGCAGUAGCUUCUGAAGCAUAUCAAACAUUUAAUAAAACAUUAAAGACAGAUGAAGACGAUCAUAGCAAUAACUCAUUUUAUGAUAUGUAUGAAGAAGAUAAUGUAUUGACGAUUGCGGAUGGUGAUGAAACAGAUUUAAAUGAUGAUGAGUUAAGUGAUAAUUCUUGUUCCUGGUCAGUUAACGAUGAAGAUGAACCACCACCACCUUAUGAUAGUUCUUGGACUAUGCAAAAUAUUGCAAACUUACCUAAAAUUUCAACAUCACCCAAAAAAAUAUCAUUUUCAAUCCCUCAAAAUGAAGAUCAAUCAACAGAUACUUCAUCUGUCCCUGCUACACCAACACGCCGUAGACAAAUUCGCGUACGUCGUGGUCGACGAUUACUCCGACGAAAAACCUCUUCUGUUGAACUUCAAAGUACACAAAGAACAAAUAAUGGGCGCGGAGGACCUAUGGAUCAAGACGAGUUGUUGCUUAAAGUUAAUGAAAAGUUGUCAGAUAUGAUAUCUCAAGGCACAGCAGCAUUGAACAGUACUGUUGAUGUAACUGAAGUUGAAAUGAUGCUCUCAGAAGAAAGAGAACGCGAAGAAAAAAUAAUGAGAGAACUUGGACUCCAAUCACCUGUUGGACGUCGUAACAAAAGGUUUACUAAUUCGCCAUCUUCGGACUAUGAAUAUUAUAGCUCUUUAUCUGAUUCUGGCAGUUAUUCUGCACCAGAAACAUCUUAUUGUGAAUAUGGUUAUGGUUCUAAUAGUGGAUUUGCCUCACCAACUGGAUAUGAUACUCCUUUAAGAUAUGUAAAAUCAAGAUUUUCAGCAACAGGAAUUGUAUUGAUGUUUCAUCAAAAACUAAAUCUUCCUAUUGGACCACUAUAUGAAUUCGAGAAAUUGAUAAAAUGUCAAUUCAGGUGCACAUUAAGGUAUGAUUUCCAGUGUUGGCAAUCAGAAACUACACAUGGGAGGAAACGGGAUGCUAAAGAGGAUGCAUCCAGAGUGGCAUUGAAAUAUCUGACAAAAACUUACAGAAAACAAGCGCUUCACAUCCAACGUACACUUAUUUUCAAUUACAAGUUGGGGCCAAAGAAAUCGGUGUUUGGUAAAGGUGUUAGACAAAUUUCUCAUUUUACCUUGCCAGGAAACGGAUUACCACCAUGUGAGAUUUGGUUAAACCAACAAUAUCAACAACUCGGCAUACCCAUUAUUCCUGAUUCACUACCACAGUCAACACCACCGCCUAGGAUUCUCUUGGCACGAUUUAUGCUAAAAUAUAAUCUUGGUGUUCCAUUGUUUGUAGACAUUGAUCUGCCAUCAGCAUCAUCAAUAAACAUUAAUACUGGUGAUUGUAUUGAUUAUAUUGCUAUAGCAAAAGCGAUAGCUGAUUCUGCUAGCGCUACAUUAACAGCCAAUUCUGCUGGAAACGAAUCAUUCUUUGACACUGAUGCUUUGUAUUAUCUUUCCCUUAUUGUUGGAAAGCGUAAAUUUAAUCCUUCGAAAGGGUCUGUGACUAAAACAGAUGCCAAAGAUCACAUUUCAACCAUUGUAUUUAAGAUUUUGUAUGAUGAGAUUAGAACAUCCGAGAUUGAUAUUAUAGCUGAACAACUUGAAUAUUAUCAAAUGUCAAUUGGAAGGACACCUGUGGACAAUGAUAGGCUUUUGAAUGAUUUCAUUGAAGAUAAGGAUCCGGUUGCCGAACCUU